AUGUUGACUUUUAAUAUCUUUACAGCUGCAGCUGUUCUUUCAACUUUCGUUGCUGGACUCCCUCUUCCACCAACCCGAUAUGGAAUUGACAAUGUUCAAUUCUCAAUACCGCCGAUUAUCGCAACGGAAGUCAACCACGAUGCACUCUCAAAGAGAGCUCCUUUCGGAUCCGUAAGACUGGAAAGCUUCAAGAAUAUGAUGGCGAAAAUAAAACCCUUGAUACCCAAAAAAGGCCCAUUUUGGACCGACCCCAGCAGAGUACCAAAAGUAAAGACACCAAAUCGUUACAUGGAAAAGCUUCAAAUACUCAACCCUUGGAAAAAUGGCAUGCUGGGCCCAAAGCAACCGAUCUCACCCCUUAAAACCUCGCCAAUGCCCGUACGGCCAGCAGGCGCCGGUCCAGAACCUCCUAAACUUAUUGAACCAGAGGCUCCAACUGGUCCCAAGUUUCGGCCGAGCAUGUUCCCCAAAACGCCAGCAGGUGCCAACCAAGAAUUUCACUUUGCCAAACUGCCAUCUAGCAAAGAGAAUAACCCCAAACCAGAAGCACCAGCAAAAGCAGCUCCACCUCCUGAGCCUCCUUUACCUAAACCACUUCCCGCUGAUGCUCCUGGACCCCUAUUUCGAGAAAGCAUGUUCCCCAAGAUGCCAGCGGGUGCCAACCAAGACUUUCACUUUGCCAAACCGCCUAAAAAACAGGAUGACUCCAAGUCGGAAGCCGCAGAAGAUACACCUCUACCACCACCCAAAAAGGAGGAAACUCCCAAGACGGGGCAAGAGCAAGCUAAAGCAGCUACACCUCCUCCACCUCCUCCAGCUCAAGCACCUGCUGUAGCUCCAGCAGCUCCUCUCUCUCCUCCACCACCUGCAGCAUUCCCGGCAGAUGCUCUCGGACCGCAAUUCCGACAAAGCAUGUUCCCCCAGACGCCAGCGGGUGCCAACCAACACUUUCACUUUGCUCAACCGCCUAAAAAGGAGGAGAUCCCCAAGACGGGGCAAGAGCAAGCUAAAGCAGCUACACCUCCUCCUCCGCCUAAAAAGGCCGAAUUUCCAGCACCGCCUGUAGCUCAAGUACCUCCAGUUCAAUUGCCGCCUCCAGCUCUAGCAGCUCCAGCAGCCUAA